UCAUCUCCUUAACACUGCUCUUUUAACCAACUAGAGAAACUCCCUACCUGGUGCUCUCCUCCUUUCGGGUCCGCAACCUAAUACUUUCCACAAGUGAAAAGGAUGAGAACCACGAGUCUUGUUGUGCUUGUAGCCCUUGCAACCGGGCCAGGAGCCCAGGCGGUGCAUGUAGGCAGUGGUGAUGCAGCUUUAAAGUUGCGCUCGGCUCUGUUGGAACAGCGUAGGAUCAAAACCCAGUACAAUGGCAAGGCCGAUGCAGCUAUUGCGGCUGCGCAAGCAGCGACGAAGCUGGUGCAACAGAAGGGGAGGAAGCUAAGGACUGAUAUCUUCUAUUCGAUGAUUUUAAUCAUAACCGUAACCGUUUGGUAAGCGCGGUCAUUUCACCGCUUGUUGUGAAGUGGACGAUGUUCUAAGAAUACUAUUCCAACUGUGGAGCUGCACAAUAGCAUAAGAGCCAUCUUCUAACAUCCAAUGCCACAAAGCAGAUCGCUGAAGCCAAGGCCCUCAAGGCAGAUGCAGACUCGAUGUUACCCGACGUCGAAAAAGCAGAGAGAGCAGUCCAGCGAUUGCAGGAAAGCCUUAUUCAAGAAGGAGAUGCACCAGGCGAGACCAGCACCAACACCAGGAAUGUGGUAGACAAGGUGCGUGCCUUGGCUUCGUCUAAGAAGAACGCUGUUGUCGGUGCUUCGUCUGCCUCUGCAACGGCAGCAUCAGCAUCUGCGUCAGCAUCUGCAGUACUGAAGAAGCCCACUUCAUCUUCGUCUUCUGUCAAUGCAGUUGCGGUUCCAACUACAGGAAAUUUGAAGAAGAAGAUGACAUCUUCUAUGAACUCUUCUAGUACAGGCAAAGUAGAUGUAAAGGGAGCUUUGAAGAAGAACAAAGAUUCUGUCGCUGCGCGUAGGGCGACAGGUCAAGAGCAUACCACUGAGCCGACAAAGCAGUCGAAGAAGCUCGGCUCGUCGACCGGUGCAGCCUCGAAAAAAGUGGAAGAGACCAAGUUAUGUAGCUGACGAUGUCGAUGUAAGUACAGUAGUUACACAUUUAGAAGCUGUACUUAGACAGAUUUGUAAGAUUGAACAGUCUCAAUCUCUUUCGUUUUAGGUUAGCCACUUUCAUCUUCUUCAUUUAGAUUCUUUCAGCUUAGCCAUUUUCAUCAAGGGGUAGUUCUUUGCCCGCUCCUACUUGUCUCACCAACAUGAACUUCUAAUCCCCACCCCGAGCAAAAAGCACAUCAAUCUGGCUGACAGCUUGAGAGCAGAUAACGUGCAAGGAAAUGGGUUGCCAGUGACGUACACCCCAGGAAUCAUCAACGUCUUUGCUUCGCGUGCUUCCCAAGUUGCGGGUACUCUUUUAAUAAGAAGAACAGAGUUUCUGACAUGUGCACGACAUCCUUCGUUUCGUAACUCAAUUUUUGACACUGCCACCUCCUCAUCCUCCGACUACCAGUUUUCUCAUCAAUACUUCCUCCAACAACAACAAGAACCAGGUCUCUUCACGUGGUCUUUUUCGCGUUUGAUUGGUAACGCCUCUGCAUCUGGAUCGAAUGGUAGCGACAAUGGAGAAGUCCCCACUGCAGGAGCUCAAAUCCUGGCCGUGCAAGACAGUGCCGGAACCGAGCGUGCUGUUGAGGCUGAGAGCAGCCAUCGGAUUGAUAUUUCGGACGCCUUCAGGCAGUACGAGACGCAGGAUAAGCAGACUUUCACCGCGUUGAAGGCAAGACAGGUAUUUUUAUUCACUGCUGAUAAUGUCAACAUGUGCUAGCUUGUAUCAACAAAGUCAAAAAAGACUUUGAUCAAAGUGGAGAUCCGUAAGUAUCUUGAAGAAAACAUGACCCUACAUUGAAGAAAGCCUUAGAACAUCGCGUAAGUAUCUUGAAGAAAACAUGACCGUACAACAUUGAAGAGCAUUACUUAGAACAUCAACUUACGCCCUGCACCAAAACAGCAUGCUUUGGACACGAAGGCCUUGAUUCAGCAGUACCCGGACGAAUACAGUUUUCUUGCGGCCACUGAUAAUUAUGAUGGAGUUUUGCUGGAUAAGGAUGGAACCAAAUAAUGUGAAGUGCCUCUUGAUAGAAGUAAAUUUGCUUUUCUUGCCCUACUAAGAAACAAGUAGAACUAUCGCCCUUGUCAUCAAAUACAACAUGACUUCCUUUCUCUACUCUCAGUGCAGCUGCGAGAUUGAGUAUCUUCGUUACUCCUGUCCCCUCCUCACUCCCACUUUUCUAACUCCCACCAGUCCAUGCGCAAGAAGCGUUCGCCACCUUGGAAAAGAUCGAUAAUGAGAUCGAUGCCACCCUGAAUGGGCCACGUGGUGACGUGCUGGGACCGGAGGACUACGCCAAAGUGAGACAGUUGCAGGACAAGAGCAUGGCAGAUUUAAUGCGCUAAGGUGUAGUUGUAGGGAAGUAGUAUGGUGUAGUUGUAGGGCAGCUAUGAGAAGUUGGAAAAUGAAAGUUGUAUGUUGCUCUUGCUCGCGGUGAGAGUGCUAACUAGUAAUAAUACAUGAGUACUGAGCUUGAUACAAGUUUUGAACAGUAGAUUGUUUCAUUUACCAGGGUCGCAUAGAAGGUCUAUGAAGAAAUUUCAAGAUAGAGUUUCAGCUUACUUCGUCUAGAACAAGGAGUACCAAGUAAGUCUUUUGUCCAAACAAUUUAAAUGUACAGUCCGUUUUUUCCCGCAUGAUUUAAGAUGUUGAAGAUGACUACUAAGUGGAAAAGAAGCUGACGUUGGACUUCGAUCCAGUGCAGGGUCAUGUGGACUAAUGCGUCAUCCAACAUAGUCUUGACAUGUGAAUAUGAGAGGAGUGGUUCAGGUUAUUAACUCUGUCGAGGUACAAAAAAUAUGGUCGC